UCCCUCCCUCCCUCAUCUCCGGUUGGUCGACUGUUGGGCUCGCUGCUUCCUCGGCAAAGCGACGCUAGCUGGGGCUGGCUAGUUCUUGAGCUAGCGGUGGGGGCUCUUUGCUGAUUUUCGUGGGCUCGUCUCUUUUCCCGGUCAAUGCCAAAAAACACAUUGACUCAGGUCAAGUGCCCCAAUAGCUGGAGAGAGGUAACUGAAAAAGAAGACUAAAAUGAGUGAACUGGACCAGUUACGCCAAGAGGCUGAGCAGCUCAAAAAUCAAAUCAGAGAUGCCAGGAAAGCAUGUGCAGAUGCCACGCUAUCACAGAUUACGGCUAACAUUGAUCCCGUCGGGCGGAUUCAGAUGCGUACAAGACGAACGCUGCGGGGUCAUCUGGCCAAAAUCUAUGCCAUGCACUGGGGAACAGAUUCCAGGCUUUUGGUCAGUGCUUCUCAGGAUGGCAAACUAAUUAUUUGGGACAGCUAUACCACAAACAAGGUCCACGCCAUUCCACUUCGUUCUUCCUGGGUCAUGACGUGCGCGUAUGCACCUUCAGGAAAUUACGUGGCCUGCGGCGGCUUAGACAACAUCUGUUCCAUUUACAACCUGAAAACCCGCGAGGGCAACGUACGCGUGAGCCGCGAGCUUGCCGGACAUACAGGAUACCUUUCCUGCUGUCGUUUUCUUGAUGACAACCAGAUUGUUACAAGCUCGGGAGACACCACCUGUGCACUUUGGGACAUUGAAACCGGUCAGCAGACAACCACGUUCGCCGGGCACACGGGCGACGUGAUGAGCCUCUCUCUGGCCCCGGAUUCCCGAUUAUUUGUCUCCGGUGCCUGUGACGCUUCGGCCAAACUCUGGGAUGUGCGAGAGGGCAUGUGCAGACAGACCUUUACUGGCCAUGAGUCCGACAUCAAUGCCAUCUGUUUCUUCCCCAAUGGCAACGCCUUUGCCACUGGCUCGGAUGACGCCACCUGCAGGCUGUUUGACCUGCGCGCCGAUCAGGAAUUGAUGAUCUACUCUCACGAUAACAUCAUCUGCGGCAUCACCUCAGUGGCGUUCUCCAAAAGCGGCCGUCUGCUCCUGGCCGGAUAUGACGAUUUUAACUGCAACGUGUGGGACACACUAAAGGCCGACCGUGCCGGUGUGUUGGCUGGCCAUGACAACCGUGUGAGCUGUCUGGGCGUGACUGAUGAUGGCAUGGCAGUUGCCACAGGAUCCUGGGACAGCUUCCUGAAGAUCUGGAAUUGAAGCCUGAAGAUGUCCUUUUAACUCCAAAGCCGACUGGAAGACGAUUACAACUUCAGAAUGUUCACAACAUCUUCUUCAACACUGUUUAAAACUGACUUGGACACCACAAAAAAAAUGUCGAAGGGAAUAACAAUCCUUUCCUACACAAAGAAGAGCACAAUUGUCUUAUCACCUAAUUAAAGAAAGGAUCUCGUGUGGUAUCAAAUCAGAAACUUGUGCAUUCCUUCUCGGACCAUUUCAUGUUACCUUGAAAGAAAGGGGGGAAAAAACAACACUAUCAUCCCAUUCAAACGUGUGUCUUGAAAGCAAAUGGAGUGUAAUUGUACAAAUUAUUUAACUUUUUUUUUUUUUUUUUUAAAGAAUUCUAUUCUGAUGGUUUGUUACUCUCAAUGGCUUUUUGGGGGGGUCAUAUUUCUUUUGUGGUUUUAGAUAUGUUUGAAUGACAUCUUGUCCUUUCUAAUCCAGUUAAAUCACAUUAUGAGCAACGAGAUAAAAACGUGAAAAAACGAAGAAAAAAAAACGCUUGGAACAUAUUACACGAGCAGCUUUUCCAAAAUGUUUGUAUUUAUAUACUAGCUGUUUUUUUGUUUUUCUUCUCAUCACAGCCUUUUGCACAUGAAGCUUUGCCUCUCAACUAAUACGAUGUUAACUAACCAAGCACAUGCUCUAAGUUAUGAAUGCUCAUUCCAGUACAAAAAGAAGUUAUUAAGAGUAACGUUGUCCAGUUAUCCCCCCCUCCUCUCAUAAUUAUUGUACAUGCCCUUCAAUUUGGGUGGGAAGAAACUGUGUGACAAGGCAGGUGCUGAGAUUAUUUGGGGCAGUAGUUGUAUUUUAAAUACGAAUUGGGGUGGUUGGGAGGGUUUAGGGUCUUGUGUUUAGUAUCCACUUUUUGAGAGAAACACCUCACCUGAAUAAAUAGACACUUCCUUUGCUUGGGACUGCAGCUGCAACUCUGUGAAUGAAAUGUACAAAAAAAAAAUCAAUGUCUGAAGAAAAAAAAAAUGGUCUGAUGUUUUUAAGUUGAGACAUUAAAUUUUGUCUUACACAACUUAAUUUAGAUGUGCAUGCUGUAGACUUGCUUUCAGUGGUGCUAAAAAUAAUAAAAUUUAAAAAAAAAGUCCUAGAUUUUUUUUUCUUUUCUUCAUGGUUUCUGAAAAAGACCUUAACCUUAUUGAUUGAACCUAAUCUAAAUCAUUUUUUGGGCACUGACUCUGCAUACUAAUAACUGGUAGUGCUAUGCACCAGAGUAAGCAAGAGGCCGCAUACCUUGUGUCAAAUAUGCUUACCAGUUCCUCUUGAUUCCAAUUUUUAAGAAUAUAACAAUCAUUGUGAUAAUUCUAUCCUUGGCAAGCUUCUUUUUCUCUCCUCCAAAUCAUCGCUAAAAUAAACAAACACAGUGUCCAUAUUGCUUUUUUUUUUUCAUUUUUCUUUUGGUCUUAAAUUGAAAAAGCAGAACAUCUGAAUGACAACAUUUCACUGUAUACAGAAGCACUUUUGUGACAUUCUCACUUUUUUCCUUUCUCUGCAAAGAUGUACUUCAAUAAAUGUGAUGUAUUUUUGUGUGUGGCCACAAGUGAAAAUGCGAUUCAACUCCAGAUGGAUUUUCCUGCUCACCCACCUUCUUUCCACGACUAUACUAGAGCUCUGCACCCUUAUGUAGCGUUCCACUUUUUUUUUGUAUUUCCUUUCAGUCUGUUGGUGUUCCACGGUGAGUUGGAUGCAAGAUAGAUACUGUACUAAACUGUACUGUUAUUGAUUGAAGAUGUAAUAAAAGCUGUUUGAGAGUUA